AUGAGCGCCCUUGUUUUUGGACGAGCCAUCUCGAAAUCCCUAUUGACACUCCAUCUCUUCACGCAGAAUGACAUUCUGACGACGAUCAUUCCAACGACACUUUUCGCAGUGGUGGCAGCCCCCCUCUACAGCCCCUAUCGAUCCGUUCAUGUAGUCUGGUGGAUUUGGCUUCACCUCCUCCAUUUCAACGUUGCCAAUCAAGUAAUCGAUCCAGCAGAAGAUGGCAGGAACAAAGCUAGCCGGCCAAUACCGACGGGAUACAUCAGUUUACGAGACGCGGUCUAUCUACGCUGGUGCCUGGUCCCCAUAUGCUUAGUAACAUCAGCGUUCUACAGCAUCCAAGUACUUAGCGCAAGCCUAGCGAUAACCCCCAUAGUCAUCAUUGGUUUUCAAAAAAACUUGAUGACUGGCUUGGGGUAUGCUUGCUUCCAGGUUGGGGCCACCCUCAUUGCAGGUAUAGAUAUGUCGCGGCUAGAGCCUAAUGCUCUCUUAGCUGUGCUGCUUAGCAUCGCCAUGUUUGCCACCACGCUCCAGGCACAGGACUUCAAAGAUCAGGAAGGAGACCGCUCCAUAGGCAGACGAACUCUGCCAAUCGCACAUCCUUCUCCAGCUCGUGUGUCCAUGUUUGUAGGACUUCCGAUGUGGUCGAUUUGUCUUACUCAGGUCUGGGGGAUGGACGCAUUCUGCAGCGUCGCAUUCAUAUUUUAUUCGGGACUUGUCGGAUUACGAUUCAUGGUGUGUAAGACAACUCAGGCGGACUGUCUGUCGUGUAAGCUGUAUAGUGUGAGUCACACCCUCAUCUGUGUAAUUUCGGCCUGA